AUUCGGUCGCCGGCCAAUCCUCUUGUGGUGCUACCUGCAGCUGGCUACAACUGGCACCGCGACUGCGUUCGCUCCCAAAUUCAGCGUUUACUGCAUCCUCCGUUUUCUCACCGGGAUGGCUUUUUCCGGCAUCGUGCUCAACGGCGUCUCUCUGUUUUCUGAGAUCCAAGAUGAAGGAGGAAUUGGCCUCCAUGACGUCCAAGGUUUCGGUUCUCGAUCUGGUCCGGACUCCGACCAUGCGCCGGAUUUCUCUCUGCGUCUGCUUUGUCUGGUUCUCCACCAGUUUCGCUUAUUAUGGGCUGGUGAUGGACUUGCAGAAUUUCGGCGGUAACAUCUACCUGAUCCAACUCUUUUUCGGAGCUGUUGACUUCCCAGCUAAGUUUAUUUCGGUUCUCACAAUCAGCUACAUCGGGCGCAGGUUUACCCAAGCUGUUGCCCUCAUCUUGGCUGGGUUAACGAUCCUGGCCAACAUCUUCAUCCCUCAAGAUAUGCAAACCCUUCGGACCACUGUGGCCGUUUUCGGGAAGGGCUGCUUAGGUGCCUCGUUCAACUGCAUCUAUUUAUACACUGGAGAACUUUAUCCGACGGUGCUUCGGCAAACCGGUAUGGGUCUCAGCAACACCAUGGCCCGCAUCGGAGGCAUCGUGGCUCCGGCAGUGAAGAUGACAGGAGAAUAUAUCCCAUUCCUGCCCAAUCUUAUCUACGGUGCGGCUCCCAUCAUAUCUGGAAUCGUGGCAGCCUUUUUGCCAGAAACUCGCAACAUCCCUUUGCCGGAAACGGUAGAGCAGGUGGAGAACAGAUCACGGAAUAAGAGUCAGAAGCUGGACUCCCAGCAAACCGAGGGCCUCUUGCUCUCCAGCAAGCCCGAAAGCCAGAAAACCAGCGCUUAAAAGGAGAAAAAAAUAUUGAUUUUAGGACCUCCCUUUGCACGAAGAUCUGUGAAGACCAAGGACGGUGUCACACUUGGGAAGAAUCU